GCACAGCUAACCUUAGCGUUGGGUGGACGUAGUGUGCUGCUCCCUCUCUGGUUGGCCCACUCGCUCCCACUCCAUCCGGUGUGGUCGUCAACGCUGCUAUCAUCUCUGCCUCAAACCCACCUAAGACCUGGCAGUAACCCACUCCUUACUACCAUACGAAAAAAAAAUUACAAUGGCCUAAAAGACUAUUGCCACCCUAACGGAGAGUAAUCACCAGAUUAACUUCUUAACUGGUAUACCCUGCUAAUGCAGCUUACUGGGAAGUUGGCGAUCGCCAGUAACCUCGUAGAGAUGACGAGGAACAAGGAGGGCGAAACAUUUCAACACGAUGGGUAUAAUGUGAGCAUCAGUCGGCAAGUCACGAGGGACUAUUAAAACUUAGCUAACCUCUUGUUGAAACUUGGCCACCCCUUACCCUCCCCUUCCCCCGCGGACACAAUGUCUACCAAGAGAUCAGAAUCUUAAUGUGAAGCCGACACACACUUGAAUCUUCCACUAAGGGAACCUGAUACAAGACAUUAUUUCUGUUUCCAGGGGAAGGAAAAGUUUAUUGAGGGGUAGAUCUGUGUGCUCUCUCCUGAGAAAGGUGGCGGGUACGUUUGUACGUCUAGGUGUUGUAGACAUCGGUACAGCGAGGUGGUGAAAAAUCGGGAAGUCAGGGUAACAGAGACUUCAUCCCCUCGGGUGGUGCAAAGUGGUGCAGAAAUCGGGAAGUCAAGGGCAACAGACGUGCAGACGUCAGUGCGUAGAGGUGGUGCAGACAUCAGGGAGUCGGGGUGUUGGAAACGUCAGGCCUUCGGGGUGGUUCAGACGUCACUACGUCGGGAUGGUGGAUACAGCAGUGCACUGAGGUGAUGCUAACGUCGGUACGGGGGGAGGUGCAGAGGUUAGUGCGUCGAGAUGGUGAGGGGGGGGUCUUGAGACUGAAAGGAGGCCUGAAACAUUGAAGAGUUCUGAGACAGAGAGGAGCCUAAGACAGUGAAGAGUCCUGUGAUAGAUACAAUGGAAAGCUUUGGUAAUUACGAUCGACAGUGAAAAACUGAGGAGCUCUGCUAAUUAGAAACUGUGAAGUUGGUCUAGUGAAGAGUGAUUAUUUUGAAGGAUGGUGAGAUUGUUUCAUAGUGAGGAAACAGUGAGAUUCUCUUGUAGUGAGGGACAUUGAUGGAUUGCCGUGGUGUUGAUCAGUGAUAACUUAUAGGUGAAGGGGGUCAGUGGUGAGCGUAUUGUGCAAGAAACAGAAAGUAACCCUCAUAUUCUACACAUUCCUUGAGUGCUCAGACCGGUGCUUCAAUAUCAACAAACUUCGUCAGUGAUACUCUUCACUUCAGCACUCAAACGAGUGGAAAAGUUAACACUGAACUACUGGAGUUGACCCUCUGCCAGUCAUUUGGCGCAGUUUAUUAACCACUACUAACAACUUUAAUAUCACAUAUAUUUAGUUUUAGAAAUUCAGUCAUUCUCAAAAAAGUGACUGAUUUGCUGUAAACACAUUUGUUCGAAGACAAUUAAAGCUGACGUGUCGUUCACAUAUUAUCAUUAACGCAUAGAGAUAACAAUAUACAGCAGGUUUUCCGAACAGUCAGCAGCGAGACAGAACACACCACAGUUUACUCUACCAUUCACCACUGUUUUACAACACAGUGUCACCACUCUGAAAAUCAGCGAUUGUUUUCAUCAUUAACUUUCGUGAAGUUAAAAGCUGCGUUUAAAAUACACUGAGCACCUCACAGUGGUUGUUGCACGUCAGCAGUCUGUAGUGCAGUCACACAGUUCCUUGUAGCGAUCGUUGACCAUCACCGGACAGUAUGGACCUACUAGCACAGUUGAUCUUCAGUAUAGCGGUGGUGACUUCGACUAGGGGAGAAGGGUUAAUUCCGCCUCCUCCGCUCGUCACAGAUCAACCCUACUUUGACUCGUCGAUGCUCAAGAAUCAGACAGCACAUGUCGGCAGACAGGCAGAGCUUCACUGUCGCGUCCACUCCAUCGGUAACAGAACGGUGUCCUGGAUACGUGGGAGAGACCUUCGCAUCCUGACGGUGGGAAGGUACACUUACACAACAGACCUCCGCUACGAGGCGCUGCAUCAGAAUGGCACCAACCAGUGGACGCUGAGGAUCAAGUCAGCCCAACCAAGGGACCAGGGCAACUACGAGUGCCAGAUCAGCACUAAGCCAAUCAAGGCCUUCACGACCUAUCUACGAGUGCUGGAGCCUCGUGGAGAGAUCCUGGGCUCCCCGGACCUGUAUGUACAGAAGGGCAGCAUGAUCAACCUGACCUGCGUCCUGUACGACCUGCCAGAGCCACCCCUCUACGUCCGCUGGUACCACAGCAACAAGCACCACAGCAACAGGAACAUCAGCUACAGCAGCAGCCGUGGAGGAGUGUCACUGAUCGUUGAGAAGGGUCCCACUACUCUCAGCUACCUGUUGAUCACCUCUGCCAGGGUGGCGGACACAGGUGUCUACACCUGUGUACCAUCCAACCACAACGCUACCAGCGUCACUCUCCACGUCCUCAACGGUGAGUCAAGAUCUUCUUAA